AUGGAUCCUAGUUCUUGUAAACCGGAAGAUGUGUCUUUGUGGCAUCGUUAUAUUGCUGAGAAGCCAUUCAGAGUGCUCGACGUCUUCCGCAUAGUACCUCGAGGAAGCAACGGGCACAAUAAAUGGGGAGAUACACGGAAGGCAAUGUUCCCAGCCAUGCGUGCUCUGACUGAAGCUACGGAGGCUCCAAUGAACCUGAAUUCUCGGUACAGGCGUGUAUUCGCAGAGGGAAUAGCGGAACUUUUAUGUAACCAGGUGGUAGAGAGUGCUCCUCCCAGUGAUGAAUCCUCGGGCACCUAUACCGAAUUCGACGAGGAAACUCACAACCAGAUAUCUGAUGCUGAAAAGGCCCAGCCUGUCGACACAGAAGACUACGAUUCCAUAACCGGAAGAAUGGCGUUUUCAACCAUGGUCACCGUGCUUUGCAGAGAGGAGGUCUCGUUCUAUAGAAUAUUUGACGAGUGCGACCACACUAUGCGUCUAAUCACCCGCAACCUGCUGGCCUGCUCGGACGAGAUCAUGACCGAAUGCAUGAUCACCCACGAAGCUUUCUGUGUCCUCUUGAUACCAGAUUCACCAAAGGCAGCAUCAUAUCGGGAGACAACCCCAGCGCCGGCCAACAUGCUAGACCGUAUCAUCGGAGGCGCCGAUGGAUCCUUCGAAAACAUCCUCUCUAAAUUCGCGUGGUUCCUCGAUUGGCUCGAGCUGGACUACUGCGAGAGCUGUGUACUUGUCCUUCGUCGAAUUCGAGAGUACACCAAUUCCCAUAAGCUCGCGCUACAUCAGGAAUGUCAUUCGAAGCUACUCGAGUCUGAAGAACUGUGGCGCGGAGUGUUCAGAACGUGGCGUCUUGGGGCAUCCAAGCUCGACGUAUACGACAUAGGCGGGAAGAGUGUCGGCGACGGUUUAUGUUCACAGGCCAUAUUAUAUCUAAUGGGCGCAACCGUUGCAUCGGUUAAAAGUUCAGAAGGAACGGAUGGUCGAGAAUUUUUGCCAGUGGCUCGAGUUAUCCCUCUGCUCCAGGCAGACUUUCUCGGGACUCUGGACGAGAUAUUGCCCAAACUCUUUGCUCGACGAGAAAUGUCUGGGCUGAAUGCGGUAGACCAUAUAUGUGACCACAUGGAAUUUAUUCUGGACCUCCUUCUCCACUCUAUUCAGAACGAUACAGACCUCGCAGCUAUCAUGCGUCCCCAUCUCCCCCGACCACGGAUCUUCCGUGCCCUUCUAGAGGCAGCCUACGUUCGCAACGGGCACCUCAUCUCACAAACGUGGCACCCUCCCUCAUCCAAGGAAGAACUGGAAGAAGCACGCACAAAUCAUCGCAAUUAUGUGACUUUCGACAAUAUCGAGACGGCAUGUCGAUUGAAAAAUGAAUGUGGGAGAAGAGGAUGUAUGAAUGUUGGGAAGAAUAAGUGUGCGUCGUGUAAGGUGAUUCCGUACUGUGGUGCCGAGUGUCAGAAGAAAGACUGGCCGGAACACAAGCUUGUCUGCGGGUAUGAUCGACAGGUAUCCUCUGACGAUCCUGGCGAAGUGUCGUUCGCGCUUCCACACACCUUGAUCAAGAAGGCUGGGGCACCGCGGUCUUGA